AAGUCAGGUGAGUUAAAAUUAUUUGAACUUAAAAAUUUAACUCAAAUAACAAAAUAUGUCGACGGAGUUUAAAAAACGUAAAGUUAUUCAAAACCGACGUAAACGAGCUGUUUCGGAAAGCGAAAGCAGUGAAGAAGAAAGUGCAGUUGUUACUAAUGAAAAACGUACUAAAAAGUUAAGUCCAUUUGUACAAAGUACAUCUAGUAAAAAACUCAAAGCAUCAGCACUUAUUAAUGAUUCUUCUGAUAGUGAUCAUGAAGUUAUUGGUGUUUCAUAUCGUUCCAAAAUGGAUACAGAUAUGAGUGGGCCUAAAGAUAUGGGUGCUACAGCAACCAUUGAGAUUGAUACAGAACUUGAUAAAGAUGCUCAAGCUAUUUAUGAACGCUCACUACAAGUGAAUAAAGAACUUAAAGGUAAAGAAGAUGAUAAAGUUUACAGAGGCUUAGCAAAUUAUACUCAAUACUAUGAGAAAAAAGAUACAGCUCUUGGUAAUGCAUCUAGUGGAAUGGUACGAAAAGGACCUAUAAGAGCACCAGCAAAUUUACGUUCUACAGUUCGUUGGGAUUAUCAACCUGAUAUUUGUAAAGAUUACAAGGAAACUGGAUUUUGUGGUUUUGGUGAUAGUUGCAAAUUCUUACAUGAUCGGUCAGAUUAUAAAUUUGGUUGGCAAUUGGAAAUGGAAUCUAAUCAAGAAGGUGAUUCAGAUGGUGAUGAUCCAUCAAAGUAUGAAAUCAAAGAAGAUGAUGAUAAUUUUUUGCCAUUUAAAUGCUUGAUAUGCCGAGGUUCUUAUGUCAAUCCUGUAAUGACUAAGUGCAAACAUUAUUUCUGUGAAAAGUGUGCUUUAGCUCAUUAUAAAAAAAGUACAAAAUGUUUUGUUUGCGAAAAACAAACAGGAGGAUUUUUUGAUCCAGCCACGGUUAUUAUAGAAAAACUUAAUGCAGCUAACACAAAUAAUAUGAUACAUCAAUGCACUUCUGAUGAAGAAUCAGAUUAACUAUUAUUAAUUUAC